UAUAUAUAUAGCAAAUAUUUUAUAAAUAUUAAAAAAUAGAAGCAAGUUGUUAUUAAAUUCAAUUCAAAAAGAAUAUUAUAGGCAUAUUAAUCAAUAAUGAACAACUAGUAAAAUAAUUAAAGCUUGAGUAACAGCUAUGGGAGCAUGAUUAUUGUCCUCAACAAGCCUCAUUUCUAUCCUGGAGAGCCAAUACAGGGAAGGAUAUUGCUAAGACUUUACAUGGAUUUUCCAUUAAAAGAAAUGAGUUUACAAUUUUUAGGUGUUGAGAAGAUUAAAGAUUUAAAAGCUGUUAAUCAAAUUGCUUUUCCAAAAAAAGAGUUAUUUAAUCAUAUAAGCAAAAUAUCUCAGUCAUAUUCUGAUGAUUAAAAUAUUUUAAAAGCAGGUAAACACAUCUUUCCUUUCAAGAUUAAUUUACAUUUUAAUACUCCUGGUACUUACAGUGUUUUCGAUGGAAGAAUUAAAGGUAAAAUUACUCACAAAAUUAUUUGUAAGAUUGAAAAUAGCUUUAAUCCUCAGCUUUCUAUUGUUUCUAAAGAGAAAGUGAAUGUCAGAGAGCUUUUGAGUGUAUAGCCUUAGCAACAUUUUACAGCUGAGAUAUUUAAAACUAUAUAUAGUUGUUUUGGAUGUGUAAAUUAGAGAGAAUGUAGGAUCAUGUGCUCUUUUGAUCGCUAGUUUUAUACAAAUGGUGAACAGGGCACACUUUCAAUAUUAGUCCAUAACUAAAGUGAUUUGGAUAUAACCUCCUUUUCAGCUACACUGUGGUAAGUUUACAGCAAAAAAACUCAAAUUCCUGAAAACUAAAAACUACCUAAAGCUCAGUUUGAUUAAUAAAAUUAACUAAUUUUAUUUAAGCAAUGCAUAAGAGAGUAGAUAUAUGAAGGUGUUAAGGCAAAUUCAAAAGAAACUUAGCUAAGUAAUAGCUUUUAGUUUGUGAACUACAACUCAAAUCUUCCCCUACCUCCUUCCGUAAAAGGAACUUUUACCUCAAAUUAUUACUAUGUAGAAAUAAAAGCUCAUUUUGAGGGCUGCUCUGUUCAAUCGUUAAUCCUCCAAGUACCUGUAAAUUUAGUCCUCUCUAGUUAAUAGCCAUCUCGAACUUUUUUAGAUAUUUAGAAUUAAGUAAUGACAAAAUUAAAAUAAAGAGAGUAAGAAAAGGAAGUUAUCAUGUAAGAAUUUAAUGAAAUGAGUCACUAUCAUAUUAUUCACAAUGAAAUUGAAGUCUCAGCAGCUUAGAAUAUUUAUGAUAUCAGAGAUAGCAUCAAGGGGACAGUUAUCCAAAAUUAGCAAAAUUAAUUAGGUCAAUAUGGCAAUAUGAGUGUUUAUGAUGUGAAUAAUAGUCAAUAAAGGUUAGUUGAAUCCCCGCAAAAGUACGUUAUUCCUUCUAGAGGUAACGAUGAUUACUUAAGAUACACUGUCUACAAACAGUAAUAAGAUAAUUAAGGUGCCCAAUAAAUACUGUUUAAUUAGCAACCUAGGUAAAGUGGAUAAAUCUUAUUAAAUAACGGGUAAAAUAAUAACAUCGACUUUGGUUCAAGAAACAGUUAUCAGAAUACUUAUGGCAACUAAUACGGCCAAAAUUUGAAUAGUAAUAGUGAUAUAAGAUUAAAUCUAUAAAAUCAAUAAACCCAAUAAGAUUAUUAAUAGUAAAAUUAUAAUCAAUAAUAACUUAAAUUUGGCUAAAAUAAUUACUAUUUAAAUGAUUAAACUCCUAAAUUUAAUUGA